UAUGUCAAUUCAAGCAUGUAAUCUGUGUGCGAUAACGCAAGCAACUCGUCUCGUCUCGUCUUCCCCCAUUUAUUAUCAGUAAUGAAGUAAAAAAUAAAUCUGAGUGUUUCUAUCGGCAACCCUUACCGACUUAAAGAAAGAAACUCCUGUUUUUCUUCCAAGUCUUUUUUUUUUGGGUGUGUCUAAUAAGUGGUUUCAGAAGAAAAUGGGAAAUUGGAACAGAAGAUGGAUACCAAGAAAAAAGUACAAGUACGAAGAUUUUCCCCCUUCUCCUCCAUCCCGUUACAACCAAUCUCAUUCUCCUGCUAUCCAGGAAAAUAGUGCUCCAUCAUGGGAAAUAGAUUUCUGCAGAGCAGCCGGGAUACCUUGGCGCAAGGUUGUGAGUGCAAAAAAAUACAUUUACUGUUAUGAUAAUGUGGUCAAGUGGGAUGACUCUGCAGGUCAAGAAGCAUUCAAUGAUGCAAAAAGGAGAUAUUGGGCUGUGAUAAGUGGUCUUCCUCCUCAGAGUCCUCCUCCCGAUCCAGAUAUGUACAUUGAUAAAGUUGAUUGGGACUCAACUAUUGAUCCGGAGCUAAUACUAGAUUUGGAUAGAGAAUAUUUUAAUCCUAAUGAGGUUGAUAACACUGUCAAGUCUGAGAACAACUUAGUUUCUGGAUGCACCCUGGUAUGGGAGGAUAAAGCUGCUGAUGAUGGUGAAAAUCCUUGGGAAAGUGGUAAUGUGCAGGGCUCUAAAACUUUUGAGAAUGUGGAGCAGACUUGGAAUGAAUGGGAUAACCCUUCAAAUAUCAAAGAUGAUGAUCCGUGGGAAAGGAGUUGCCCCAAGGCCCAGGAGACGUUGAAGAACUCUACUGCCUGGGGAGGCCGAGGAAAUGAGGAGCAGACUUGGAAUGAACGGGAUAACCCUGUAGACAUCAAAGAUGAUGAUCCGUGGGAAAGGAGUUUCCCUAAAAACCAGGGGACCUUAAAGGACACUGCUUGGGGAGGCUGUGGAAAUGAGUCGUGGGGUUGGACCACGGGGCUGAAUUAUGAGAAUGGAUCUGCUUAUGUUGAUAACACUUUCAGCAAUUUGUGGCAUCAAGGUGGUGAAAGUUUUGCUGGUGCUAAAGGAAACGAAUGGGUUGAUAAUAGAACUGGUUCCUGGGGCCGAAACCAUUGGAAUACUAGGGGGCAUGAGCAGUGGAAUUCAGACUAUGGCUCUCGUUGGAAUAGGAACCUUACUCGAGGUGGUGGAACAACCUCAAAAGACAGAAGAUGGGGAGAACCUGAGUUCACAUCUUGGGAUUGGCAGCGAUUACCAAGGCAGAGUAAUGAGAGAAAUAUGGAUUUUGGAAGACCUAGCAGAGGUGAUAAAACCUUUUAUACUGGUUCUCGUAAGAGGGAAGGUCCUUCACAACAUAUGUCGAGGUACAAAAGCUCCAGGUUUCAAGGUGAUGAACAGAGGACCACGUACAAUUGGAGAGAAGAAAAAACACACAAGAGGGUUACUUUUAGUUUUAAUGAAUAGUGACCAACUUCUGGAUCUUUUAUAUCUUAUUUAACAUCUUUGGAUGUUACCACUUACCAUGAUUCUACAGAGGGUUGGAAGAGAAAGACAGCAGGUUUGGAAGGCAGCUCUCUCGUGCCUAUGGAGUUAGAUGAAUAGGAGAUUUUUUUUAUGGCAUCGGGUGUGACGUGUAACAUAAAAAAGCUCUUUUUUCCGUUCUUUUAUAUAUUUUGCUUAAAAAGAAAAUACCUGCUGGAUAGAUAGUUGGGUAGGUUUUUGAUAGAUGAAUGAUAUGAAGGGCGGCUCCAUCCUUAGGCUAGUAAAGCUUUUGCUUUAGGCCCCAAUGAUUCAUCACCGUAAAAUAUGUGAUUCAAGUAACUGUAGUAGUUCUUAUUAAUGAAGUAAAUGAAAUAGAAUCGAAGGAAA